AUGAUGGAUGAAUUUUCUAUUGCAACAUGUCUUCUUCCAGGAAAAUAUUAUUAUAAAAAGGCUAAAGGUUACGAAUAUUGUAAAGGCGUCGGUAUAAUCCCUUUAGGAAACUUUAAUAACUCUAAAAUUAAUACUAGGGGAUUUAAAUGGGAGUUAAGUGGAUAUUAAUUUGAGUUUGGUAACUUUAUAAGCACAUCUAAUGAGUUUUAAGAAGAUUUUGAUGGCAUUCCUUUUGUAGAAAAUGAAGGUAUUGUUUUUUUAACUACAUCUAUUUAAGAAUUAUGA